AUGUCAAGUUACCUCGGCAGAGCCAACGUCGAUUACCGGCACCGGUCGUUAGCGAAUGGCGUCACUGCGCGCCUGAACCUCCGGAAUUCCAUCACGACGCACAGCGGCCAAGUAGAACAGCAGCAACAUCACAGCAACAUGGCAGUAACGCGAAGAUCGACGCGUCAAACUGCACUCACUGUGCCAAAGUAUAAUGUUGAGAGCUCUCCGUCAGCUGAAGACAAGAAUACAAGACGCAACAUCAAAAAGACGACGCGUCGUAAACGCGUUCGCGAUGAGAAAGAUGACAAUGAUGAAGGAAGAGAGCAACAGGAACAAGAAAAAACUGUAGAUGAAAGUCCACCACCAGCAAAGAAAGCUGCUACAUCCAAGACCAAAGCCAAAGCAUCCAAGCCUACCACACCCUCAACCAUCACCAACACAACCACCACAAAGCACAAAGCCAGUCCACCACCAGCCCCAUCCACAGAAUCCAACCGCAACCCAGACGGCACCCAAGAAGUCUUCUGGCUGCUCAAAGCCGAGCCCUUGCCCCGCUACGAAAACGGCGUCGACGUCUCCUUCUCCAUCGACUCCCUCGCCGCCUGCACAGCCCCUGAACCCUGGUCCGGCGUCCGCAACCCACAAGCCCGCAACAACAUGCAGGCCAUGCGCGUCGGCGACCUAGGCUUCUUCUACCACAGCAACGCCAAGCCCAGCGGCGUUGCGGGCAUCCUGCGAGUCGUCGAGGAGGCCAAGGUCGACGAGACGGCGUUUGAUCCCAAGGAUCCGUAUUAUGAUGCUAAGAGUAAGAGGGAGGAGCCCAAAUGGUGGUGUGUUGGGGUCGAGUUUGUCAAGAAGUUUGACAAUGUGGUGAGCUUGGAGGUUUUGAAGAGGGAGGCGGCCAAGGGAGGUGUGCUCAAGGAUAUGCAGGUUGUGCAUAAUUCCAGGCUGAGUGUUUGUCGUGUCAGGAGGGAGGAGUGGGAGUUUGUUCUAGGGCUUGCAGAGGGGAUGGGGAAGGAGGAGGAGAAGACGGAAGAGCAGAAAGAAGAGCAAAGAUGA